AAAAAAAAAAAAAAAUCUGUCCAAUUAAUAGGAAAUAAAGUUCCCUUUCUCAUUCCCCUAUUGCUGGACCCCUGCCCUCAAGCAGGAUGUUAUGCCCCAGAGUGGCUGUGGGUGAGAACAUUCUGCCCCUCUGGCUGGUCUGGCACUGAUUUCCACCCUGAGUUGGUGUUGCCUCUCUCCUUCCUCUUGGCCAACCUCUCUUCCACCAAUAUAAGCCCAAACUGGAGGCCAGCAAGCAGUCAUGCGUUUUAUGGCAGGCCCUGCAGGGAGCCAGAAUUCGGGUCCCAUGUGCUUCCACAGCAGCCUCCAAGCCCUGUACACCGUCCUCUUAAUAGUGCUGGUCAUGAUGAGCUUGGUGUUUGGUAAGUUUGUUCCUGUCAAUUGGGAACACCCUCAACCACUUCCAGUCCCCAAAUACCUGCGCUGCUACCGAUGCCUCUUGGAGACCAAGGAGUUAGGGUGCCUUCUGGGAUCUGACAUCUGCCUCACCCCAGCUGGCAGCAGCUGCAUCACUCUCCACAUAAAGAACGGCAGCAAUUCUGACAUCAUGGUGAGUGACUGCCGAAGUAAGGAGCAGAUGAGUGAUUGUUCAAAUACCCAAACUUCUCCGGUGUCUGGCUUCUGGAUGUUCUCUCAAUGCUGCUUCCUGGAUUUCUGCAAUGACCCUCAAAACAGAGGGCACUAUAUUUCUUAGUGUGACUGCAACAACCUUUGGUGUAAAAUUCUACCAGUUUCCAGCCACCUUCAUGACUUCUUUCUGGGCUUGGCCAGGACUUCUAGUCCCUCAUACCAGCCCUCCUUGGCUCCCUCCAGUCAGUGGACCCCAGCCUUGGCUCUUCCUCUUGGUUGGCACCCUUCAGCACCCUUACUCCCACUCUGCACCCCCAGCCCCACUGCCCACCAGGUUUCCUCUCUUGUCCUUAGUCCCUGGAUGUUUCUCCCAAAUAAAUUUGUGUGCAAACUGUU